GAACCCCGUAUCUGCUCUAUUAGUAGGAGUAUGAUACCUCUUGAUUAAAAAUAAGAUAUAUUUAAAGAUUGUCACAUCAAGUUGCAUGGACAACGUAUUAAACUUGGUGAAAUUGAACAAUGUUUACUCAAUACAUCAAUAUCAGCAUGCGUUAUUAUGAAAUGGGAUGAUGAUCAUUUGAUUGCUUAUGUCGAAGGUUGUGAUAUGACAGAAAAUGAAUUAUAUGAAUAUUGUCGAUGUUAUUUACCUUUUUAUAUGAUUCCAUCGAUGUUUAUUAGACUUGAAAAAUUACCGAGAAACGAUAAUGGAAAAAUCGAUAGAAAAUGUCUUCCUCGACCUGAUAUUUCCCUUUUGCCAUCCGUUGCAAAUAAUACAGAACUGAAAAGACCUAAUAAUGAAAUUGAAACUAUUGUUCAUAAACUUUGGUGUAACAUUUUACAGUGCGAUCAAAUUUCAAUUGAUUCAAGUAUGUUCACCAUAGGUGGACAUUCGCUGCUUCUGAUGAAACUGUACUAUCGAUAUCAGACUACAUUUCAAUUAGAGAUAAAUACACUUGCUAUUACUAAUCUCUUUACAUAUUCAACAAUUAUCGAUCAUGCUCAUUUAAUAUCGGAAGCAAUUUCUACUAAAAAGAAUUUUGAAGAAAGUUGGUUCGCAUUGAAUCUUACUCAAGCUAAGGCCACAUUUGCUCAAGAACGAAUCUUUCUAGAUGAACAAAUUCGUUUUCCAUCUAAACAUCACAAUCUCAUGUAUGUUAUACCAUUGGUUUAUCGUAUUUUGUCGACUAACGAUUAUUUAUCGAUCGAUCGAUUACAUCGAGCACUACAUACAGUUGUCGCAAAACAUCGUGUUUUACGUACAGGAUUUUAUCUCGAUAUGAAUGGUAUGAUCAUACAGCAUUGCCUUGAUAUCAAUGCUACGAUCAAUGAUCAAGAACCAUAUGGUUUUUCAGUAAUCAAUAUUAACAGCAAUGUUGAAAGUGACGAAGUAAUCAAAAAAACAAUAAAUCGUUCUGACUUAUUUGAUUUGUCGAAAGGACGUGUUCUGAAUUGUCAUAUUGUUCAUCGUCAUAGCUUCUGCGAUUUAUCUUAUGAUGAGGAUACGUUGAUUAUGGGUGAUCUAAUCAUAUUCACAAUUCAUCAUUUAGUAUUCGAUGGAAUAUCGGUAUCAAUUUUUCUUAACGAUCUUUCUCUUGCUUAUACAAAUGAUUGUUCGUUGCCUGUUGAUGAAAAUGUCAUGCAAUGUAUCGAUAGUACCGUAUAUGAACGUUUAAUGAAUAUGACUCAAUCGCAUGAGUUUUGGUAUUCUCAACUGAAGGAUUAUAACUUCAUACGUUCAUUAUCACUACCUUUUGACCGACAUUGUUUGUCUACUGAUUAUCGAUCAGGUUUCCAUUUUGUUACUCAGAUAUAUUUUGAUGAUGAUAUUUCGAUAGCAUUUUUAGAAUAUGCUACUUUAAAUCAUAUAACACCUUUUCAGUUAGCAAUGAGUAUAUUUUAUGCAUUUCUAUUUAAGUUAACUGAUGGACAAGAUGAUUUAUGCUUUAGUUGUUUACAUGCCAAUCGAUACAGAACUGAGUUACAAAAUAUAAUUGGAAUGUUUGUUGCAACAUUACCAUUUCGAAUUCAACUUAAUUCGCAAUGGUCGUUUGAGAACCUUGUCAAACAUGUACAAGAAAAUUGUUUAUCAGUUUUUCAACAUACUCAUUAUCCAUUGCAAUACAUUCUUGCUGAUUUUCAACGGAAUUAUUCAAAUGUUUCUUUUCUUGAUACUUUAUUUGAACUUAUCACUGUAUCUCCUGAUAUUAAUAAAUUAUCUUUGGAUGGGUCAAACUUAGAACAAGUAUCUGUUGAACAAUUACAUGAAGCAACAUACUUUGAUGUAGAUGCGGUGUUUGUAUACAAUCCAACAGUUGAAACUGGAAAAUUAUUAUGUAAUAUUUACGGCUCACGUGAUGUAUUUAAUGAAACUACAGUCAAUAAAAUAGGUCGAAAACUUCAAGCUGUAUUU